AUGUACCUACAACAACAGCAACGACGACAAAACAACUUACCAUCAUCAUCAUAUUCAAUACCAAAUGGUAUACAACUUGAUCGACAAUAUCAAUAUGGUUAUCAACAACAACCUAUGGUUUAUCAACCAUAUGGUGUUGAUAUGCCAUUAAAUUGGCAAUUUCAAAAUAACUGGAUGGGAGGAGCAGAAAGUUGGAUAAAUGGGCAACAACAAAUGCCCUUACAAGCACCACCAUUCUAUUAUCCUAUUGACAAUGGCAUGUUAACUACUGUGGUUCCUUCUUCGAACCAAGUACAAUAUAAAGAUAAUUCAGUGAUGCCCUCAAAAAGACGUGGUAUUCUGAAAAUAAGAAAAGAACCGACACAACGUCGGUUAGUUCAUUUUAUGCCAGAAAGUUGGCAAAAAAAGACCAAACCUGAUAAUCGUGGCAAAAAACCCGAUCAGAUGAAUAAUAAAGGUCAAAAACAGAAAACAAUAAAAUCACCUGAAAAAGCUCGUCUUGACACACUCCGUAGAACAGCACGGCGUCAAAGACAACGAGCAGCUUUACUUGAAAAAAGUAAUGAAUUAGGUUGUUUCAACGGUAAUAAUCGAUUUAGUCUUUUAUCUGAGAUAGAUGAUGACAACGAUAAUGGAUAUACAACCGAUAAUUCAGAGGCUGAUCAUCAAACUGAAGCCAUGAAAAAUAAUAAGAAGAUUAAACAGAAAAACUUGUCGAAAAAACACAAGAGACAAGCUAAAACAACAACAGAAGUUCAGAUAAUUGAUGAACAUGUUGUUAAGAAUAAUAUAAAGGCGCGAGGAAAUAACCAGCGUCAAAUAAAUUUUUCUGAUUCUGAAAGAGAAGAGGAAAAUGAUAAUGUAAAAUCACCUUUUUUAAAUAAAGAUAAACGAAAAUGUAAAAGUUAUUUACAAACUUUUAAAAUUCUCGCUUAUCUAAAAGAUCGUGUGAAUAAAGAUAAUAAAAUAAAACUCGACAUUAAAGAUGUUUUCAAUGAAGUAUGUGAAUAUGCAAAAAAUACCAUUGAAACAUAUGAUAGUUGGGUACAUAAUCAUUAUGAAGCCCAGGUCUGGCAACAUAUCUAUGAUUUAGGUAAAGAAAAAGAUCAUUGGGCUAAAGAAAUAGUAAAUAUAACACAUACACGGGAGGCUAAAAUAAAUGUGUCAAUAUGUGAAAAGAAAUUAGCACAAUUGACAACGACAUGUUUCGAUGCUAAUAAUAUAAUUACACGAAAUAUGCGAGAACUUUCAUCUAAAACAGCCACUGUUGCUACACAACGAGUACAUAAUCUUAUACUUGAUUAUAUUAAAGAGGCUACACAAGGUUUAGCUAAAAUGAGCAUUAAUAGAAUUCGUCGUGCUUCAAUUGAAAAAGAUGAAUGGGAUGCUCUAAAAACAUUUGAAAAUGUUGCAUCAGAACAACAAAAAAUGUAUGCUAAAACCUUUUGUAAAUCGACAUUGAAUAACUACCAUAAGAAAAAGAAAAGGUUUGAAUUGGUAGCUGCACAUAUAUCAUAUGAUAUAAUACCGAAAAUCUUACCGAAGUAUGACUUUAAUCUUCCUGUGGACGAAAAUUCACUUACAAGUGAACAGACCCAGGAAUAUAAAAAAAGCAUACAAAAUUUAUCAAAAGAUUUUCGACUUAAAGCAACAGAACUCUAUCUAGGAAUCGUCAAAGAAGAAUUUGAAUUUCAAAAAGAAAGAUUACAAAAACUUCUUCAUGAUUUUCCACAAGAUAGAUAUGAAGUACCAUCAACACAAAUUGAUGAUGAUGAUGAAGAACCUUUAGAUAAUGAAGUUUUUACUCAAAAACCAUUAUCACAACAACAAGAAACUAUAAAUAAUCAAAAAGGUUCUGAAUUAUUUAAAAAAUAUAUUGAAAUUGCACAUAAAAGAGCUCAAUUAGAAAUUGAAAGAGAAGUGCAUUUUUUAUCCGAACGAGGCGUCCAAGAGACGCCAGUCGAAACACAAGAGUCAAAAGAUCUAAAUCCAGUGAUGCGAAUGGAUUUCGUGCUCCAAGCAUAA